AUUCGAUCCAUAUGCGCCCACGCAAUGCUGCCAUCUCUGCACAAUUUGGACUCCUCUGGGUUUGGACAGUCGAAACUGCAGCGCCGAAGAACAAGAACCUCUGGGAUGGAAGUGAUCCAGAUACCUUGCAACGAGAUCAUCAACUCGAACAGGUGCUGGACCUCACGUUGCGACGAUCGCCUGACUGGGCGCGUGGCCAUGCUCUGAAAGCGGCCUUGUGUAACUUCUGGCAGCCACGGAAUCGCAGCUGUGCAUUGAUUCGAAGUCGACAAGCGCUGCGAUUGGAUCAGAAGGAUGAGGUUGCUUUGCUAACCGCUGCUUCCAUCGAAGCUGAGCGAAUGCCGAGAGUCUUCAGGUGCAACAGUUGCAAGGACACGAGCUUGAAGACUCUGCCAUCCUCCUCGACGUCGUACCAGAGUAUGAUCUGGCGAACCUUGAACAACAGCCUGGCCCGUAAACAGAGACGGAAAAGGCUUCUGCCGCUGUUGCGUCGUGCAGUGGACAGCAUGGUGACGCCACGGGCAGAAGUGAAGGGGGCACUGGCGCUGCAAUUGGGUGGCACCAAAGAGGCCAUGAAGCUUUGGAAGGAGGCCAUGUCCUUGAAGCCCAGUCGUGCCAUGGCCAACAAGGCGAUCAUGCAGAUGACCUUCUUGGCACGCCAUGAUCUGGCGGAGGCCUUCAAAGAAGUCAGUGUCAAAGAAGGUCUUUGGCGAUCCACGACCCAGAGGCCGCUCACCUACUGGUCAUCAUUGGACAAAGAAACACCAUUUCCAGGUGCCGAGGUGGACGAACGCUUGCCUUUGACCGCGGAGCAGUUCCAACUUCGUUUGGAGGAGUUUAAGGACGAGAUUCUUCAACAAAGGCUGAAACUGGCCCACAACCCUGGUUUUUCUCCUUGCGCGCCAAACAGCUGGUGCUGGGAGGAAGAUUCGGGGAUUUUGCCAGAGUAUAGCCGCUUUCGAGGCUUUUGGGAGACGGGAAUCGUGUUCAUGGGCAAAGAACCCCAACCUGGAGAAGAGGAUCAGCGAUGCUCAAAACUCUUGCCUCGGACCUGUCGGGUGAUUCAGGAGAUCUUGGGUGCUUCUGGGCUGACGAUCACGGGCGCCACCAUUUCCUCAGUCUUCGGACCCUACACAAGCAUCUUUCCUCAUGCAGCGAAAACCCAGGGUCGCUUUCGGUUGCAUUGCGUGCUGCAGUUGCCUUCCGAUGGCAUUUCUCUUCUACGCGUUCAUGUGCACGGCCGGGAGAGGUACCAUCGCCGAGGCGAAUGCUUUUGGUUCGACGAGUCCACAGAUCAUGACGCAGAGUUCAUCUCUAAGGGCACGGAGCCACGGGUUUUGCUCAUGGUGGACAUUGAGCACCCUCAACUUCAGGGCAAGGGCCAACCGGAGCCCGUUUCGGCGAUGCCGUUUUCUGCAAGGUAUUGGAGUUCGUUCUUGCCAUCUGAUCAACCGCUUUAUGUGCCAAGUCCUUUGGAAGCUGAAUGGCUACGGCAUGCUGAGUGGAUGGAGACCGACAAGGCUCCUUUGCUUCUUUGCGAACGUCUACCCCGCAGGACCGUGGCCAAGUGGCUGGAAGAGCUGGAGACUUCAGAUUUGGAUGCGUUGAGCCCCUCGAUCUUCUCUGCAUUUUGGCAUCUGCAUGAUGCUUCUCUGCACUGGAUUGAACCACUGGUGGCAACUUUACAACACCCUGCGAGCCAUUGUCAAAACAUGUGGCCAGAAAACUUCAGACAUCUUGAGAGCAGGGGAUACCUUCUGCUUUCUCGAAAUGACUGGCUAGCCGAUCCCGGCCAACGCAUUCUCUUUGAUGCUGGUGUGAGCACCUACAAAAACUCCACGAGUUGGCUAUUUCAAUCCUACAGCAGGAAUGGCAUUGUUUUUGAUCGCAUCUUCGGCUGGGAAAUGCAGCUGGAGGGUCACGAGCAGAUCCCUUUACAUGUUUUACAGCAAUCAAGCUUCUCCACUGAUCCCGUGGUGUCAACCAAAGACGGUCAUUCAGCUACUGCGAACCCCGUGCAGCUCAUUUCGCAACUGUGCCAGCCGGAGGAUUUCUGUGUCUUCAAGUUGGACAUCAACCGAUCUGUCACCGAGAGAGAACUCGUUGAUCAACUCCUGGAAGGUCCUGUCUCCCAAGGACUCCUGGAUGAGUUCUUUUGGAAAGACCAGGUCGAGAUGCCUCACUUUGGCCUCUCCGGCAGCGGAUCCUUACAGCAGAGCUAUCAUCGUUUCCUAAGACUGCGAAACCAUGGAGUUCGUGCUCACUCAUGGCCCUGAGGUACCCAAAGUCAUCCCAAAUCCAAAAGAAAACCAUUCAAUACAGACGGCAAAGGACGUCAACAAA